AAACAUACGAAAAUCAUUCAAAUCCUAUACACUUAACAGUCCAUUCUUGAAUAAUUCUUCUACUUCUACAAUUGUCCUGAUUCUGAGUUACUUCGUUUCGUCGCAUAAAGAAAUAAUGGAAUUAGCAGAAAGAAUGUCUGAAUUCGAUGUGGGUUUGCUCCAAUCCAUACAAAACUUUCUUCUUAGCGACUCAGAAUUCUCACUGGAUUUUCUGUGGGAUAAUGCGACCCCAGUUCUGGACGACAGUGAGAGUUCGACGUCCCAAAUGGUUGAUGAGUUGCUGAGUAAUAAUAGCGACGGAGGAGAGGUUGUCGAAACACCGCCCCCGCGAAGUGUUAAAGCUCCGCCAGCGGAGUGGAAACGGUACAGAGGAGUGAGACGGCGGCCCUGGGGAAAGUUUGCGGCGGAGAUAAGGGACCCCGUCAAGAAAGGCUCCAGAAUGUGGCUGGGGACGUAUGAGACGCCGGAGGAGGCGGCUUUGGCUUACGACAGAGCCGCGUUUAAGCUGCGGGGGGCACGGGCUAGAGUCAAUUUCCCGAACCUUAUCGGGUCGGGUGCUCCGGAGCCAAUCAGGGUGACUAAGCGGUGCCGUUCGCCGCAGGAUCCGGUGAUAUUCGAUUCAGCUUCAUUUACAGAGAUGAAUGCGGGUCGGAAGAAAAUGAAAGUGGCUGUAAAUUAAUAAUAUAUUAAAUUUAGGGUUUUGUUUGAAUUAGUAAUAAGUAGGUUACUAUUCUUGGACCCGAUUUACGAUUUCACAUUGUAACCUAAUGAAUUAGUAAAUCAGAUGGUCUUUAAUUAUAA